CCAAUGGGAGAUGAAAGUCGACUUAGGGAGGAAGUUGGUCUUUCCCGAGAUUGUCCAAACUACACUGAGGCCUGACAUAGUGAUAUGGUCCACCAAACACAAGAAGCUGGUGACCAUUGAACUCACCGUCCCAUGGGAAUCAAGGUGCGACAUGGCAUAUGAGCGGAAGAAAGCCAAAUACACUGAUCUCUUAGACCAGUGCAGUUCCCGCGGUUGGAAAACAUGGCUGUUCCCGAUCGAAAUUGGCGCCAGAGGCUUUCCCGCACAAUCACUGUGGAGGAUGCUAAGUGCCCUAGGAAUCAGGGGAGGAGAGAGAAAGAGGGCUGUUGGGAGACUAGGUCAAGCAGCAGAGAGAGCGUCCAGUUGGCUAUGGAUUAAGAGGGAGGAGAAGAGCUGGCAGCUAACCACUGACCCGUAGUGCCUGAUCAGCACUGCGGUUCCACCGCCCGGAGAGUGUCCUGGGAUUAAAGGAUGAAACACUUGUUGAUGGGCGGCUCCCAGCUGAUGAGUCAGUGGUUUCGUGCAGCACAGACUGUA